CCUGCUGCACUGUCUCUUUAAGAGACCCGGAAGUGAUUAUGUGCUCUGUAUGAAGCGGUCGCCGGUUCAAAACGGGAAGCUGAAUUACGCUGUCCCGCUAUGCUAUCCAAUCCCGUUAUCUGGGCCGUCCGUAGCAGCGUGAGGGGCUGGCGACGGCGGGCCGCCUUUAAAGUGGCUGUUGAGGCUUUAGGCGUCAGCGGCCGGCGCUGCUACUCCGUCCCGGACCGCGGCAGCUUCCCCGGCAUGGACGCGCUACUAGCGAGGGUCGUCGUGCCUUUACCUACAUACGAGACGCGGGACAAAGCCCCACCUCCUCCGGAGUCCAACAGUGUGGAGUUCAUGCACUUCUACAGAAGCCUCGAGAAAGAGGAUAAAGUCGACUUCCUCACAAAACUCUCCGAAGACUACGGAGUAGACCACAAAAACCUUUCGGAGCUCGCGGUGAAGCUGUUGGACACUCAGAUACGGGACUUGGCCACCAUAUUGCAAGUGGAAGACAGGCUCCGGUACAGUUUGACCCCCCGUUACAAGCAGCUGCUCGGUCACAUAAGCAGGGUCGAAGGCGGCGUGAAGUUCCUGGUGGAUCUGCGAGCAGACCUGCUCGAAAUAAUAGCAUCCAAAGCUAGCGAGAGCCCACAUAUCAGGGACCUGAAUGGCACCCUGAAGAGCAUGCUGUCUGAGUGGUUCUCAGUGGGUCUGCUCCGACUGGAGAGAAUCACCUGGAUGUCCCCCUGCGAAAUCCUGCAGAAGAUCAGCCAUUGCACGGCCGGUUCUGUGGAGACUCUGACCGAGCAUGGACCCUCCGCCAGGUACGAGGCGGUGCACCCGGUCAGGAACUGGAGCGACCUGAAGCGGCGGGUGGGGCCCUACCGGCGCUGCUACGCCUUCACCCACGCCGCCAUGCCCGGGGAGCCACUGGUGGUGCUGCACGUGGCCUUAACCGAGGACAUCUCCGACAACAUCCAGAGUAUCGUCCGUGAGUUCGCGACCCUUGACUCGGAGGAGGACGUCAAUAAGAUAAAUGCGGCCAUCUUCUACUCCAUAUCCUCCACCCAGGCUGGCCUGCAAGGAGUGGAGCUGGGCAACUACCUCAUCAAGAGGGUGGUUCGAGAACUCCAGAGGCAGCGAGGUUGGAGAGUGCUCCGACACGGCUGGCGGGCGGUGAGCGAGUUCCCGCACGUGUCCCAGUUCUCCAGCCUGUCGCCCAUCCCGGGCUUCUCCUCCUGGCUCCAAGGUCUGCUGAGCCAGUACCGCAAGGAGGGCCGGGGCCUGGACCUGCUGUCCGAGGCGGAGUGGAGGGAGGUGGAGCGGGCCACCGGCUCCCCCCCGGGGACGCCGGCCCUGGACGCCCUCCGCCGGCUGCUGGGCACCGGCGAGUGGACGCGCUCGGAGCGGCUGUGCGGCGUCCUGGAGCCCGUCCUGAUGCGCCUCUGCGCCUGGUACCUGUACGGGGAGAAGCGGCGCGGCUACGCCCUCAACCCGGUGGCCAACUUCCACCUGCAGAACGGCGCCACCAUGUGGAGGCUGAACUGGCGGGCCGACAGCAGCCCCCGGGGCGUGGCCAACUCCUGCGGCAUCAUGGUGAACUACCGCUACUUCCUGAGCGAGACGCCCCGCAACGGCGCCGCCUACCUGCAGAACAAGGUGGUCAGCGCCUCGGAGCAGGUGACCGGCCUCGUGUCCCAGUUUCAGAAGAACAGCAAACUGUGAGGGGGAAAAAAAAAAGAAGGACGCUGCUGCUUCUCUCUGCACGUGUGUUUCUUUGGGUUUUCAGGGUUAGAUUGCACUUUGUGUUAAUACAAUUGAGUGACAAAUUAUUUUUGAUAGGCCAAUACCUGAAAACGGCAUCCGCAGAACACUUGAUGGAUUUCUCCUCGUUUUUUUUUUUUCGUGUUCCCCAAUUUGAAUUAGAAUAUUCCUCCCAUAAUGUAACUCAUCCCAUCUGCUGUUUGCCUCAUUAGACUUCUAGCCAAAGCUGGUUGAUAUUGUGUAAGUGAUUUGCAGGACACACCGCAGCUAAUGAAGCACAAGGCAUCUAUCAAUGCCAAAGCGUGUUGGUGGAUAAUAGUGUGCAGUGGUGAGGCAGGAGCAGCCGGGGCCUGCUCCUACUGGAAUAAAUGAUGUUUUGAUUCUUUCAUUUGGCUGAGCCGUCACACUACAAACAUGACGAAAGAAUAGACGCGAAUUCGAUUCGGUGCCUUUUAUUAUUAUUUUUUCCUCUUCUUUUGGUUGGGUUUAUAAUACACCUGCUGUUUAUACACUGCUUAUUCCCAGAAAAGCUUGUUAAACAAAGACAUAAAGUCACCGAUUGGAACCGUCAUUAGAUGUUAAGUCACCAAACACGGGUUUGUGUGUAUGCUCCUAUCAUACAGUGCAGUGUUCUUGCUCUAAGUUAUUGCUCUGGACCUUUUUGGUAGGGAACAUUGAUUUUUUUUUUUUUUCCUUUGGUGAUUUUGCCCUCACAGACACACACAUAGCCAAUCUCCCCAGAGAGCCAUUGCCGAUGUCCUAACUGCUCUGCACAGGUGCCAAGCAGGGCUCAUAUGAGCCCACACCCCAUUGUUGUGAAAUAAUAUAUCACAGCAAGUUGACUGUGAAAUUACAUCGUAUCUCUCCAAGGAGCCAAACUUUCUUUUCAUUCUUUUUUUUUUUUUUUUUCAUACUCUGUAUCUCUCUCCCUCUCUCUCUUUUUUUCCCCCCCUCCACUCAUUGUGCCGCUCUUUGUCCUAGAAACUAAUGGAGUGAGAAAUAAAGUUAAAGUAAAUGGC